UGCGCGCCAGUCCUCCCUCACUCACCCCCGCAGUAAGGAGACUCACAUCCAGGGAUCGGACUAAUGGCGGUCGGCAAAUCCGUGCGCUGACACGAAACCCAAAACACCGUUUCACCCCGCUCAGGUGCCAGCCUAUUUCGUAGGGGGCAGGGCGACAUCGCAUCGCUACGCGGACGGUGAAUAAGGGAGGGUUGAGGGGAAACAAUUGAAGACUUCUAGCAGGACUUUCCUAUUUUUAAAUAUGGAUGAACAGCCCGGCGGAGGAGGAGGAGGAGGAAUGGCCGCUCAGAGACAGCAGCAGUCCGCACCGCAGCAGGGUAACAACGGCAUUAAUCCCCAGAUCGGCAGCGCUGGAGGAGCGGCUAUGGUCCAACAACAACCAGACGAGAUGCCCAGGCCCCAACAGUACACUAUCCCGGGGAUUUUACACUACAUCCAGCACGAGUGGGCCCGGUUCGAGAUGGAGAGGGCGCAUUGGGAAGUGGAAAGGGCCGAACUUCAGGCUCGAAUAGCGUUCCUGCAAGGAGAAAGAAAGGGUCAAGAAAACUUGAAGAAUGACCUUGUUAGAAGAAUAAAAAUGUUAGAAUAUGCAUUAAAGCAAGAAAGAGCGAAAUACCAUAAAUUAAAAUAUGGCACAGAACUAAAUCAAGGUGAAGUGAAAAUGCCCAGCUUUGAAUCAGAAGAUACCAAAGAUACAGAGGUCUCGGCUAUACCUCAAAACAGUCAGUUAACAUGGAAACAGGGCAGACAACUCCUCAGACAAUAUCUUCAGGAAGUAGGUUAUACGGACACGAUAUUAGACGUUCGGUCGCAAAGGGUUCGGUCAUUACUGGGGCUGUCGGGCUCUGAGCAGAACGGUUCAGUGGAAACCAAGAACCUAGAGCAAAUUCUCAAUGGAGGAGAGUCUCCAGCCAAAAGAAAGGGACAAGAUAUGAAAAGGAAUCCAGAGGUUCUGGAGACAUUUAAUUUUUUAGAAAAUGCUGACGAUAGCGAUGAAGACGAAGAUGAAGAGGGAGAUAUAAUGGAGGAUGUGCCGGACAGAAGUGAUAAACGCAGAAUAAAAAAACAUAAAAUUAAGGUUGGAAAUGAAGGUUUAGCUUCAGAUUUGCCAGAGGAUGCAGACACAGAGGAGGCAUUGAAGGAGUUUGACUUUCUGGUGAAUGCAGAGGAUGGAGAAGGUGCCGGAGAGGCCCGGAGUUCAGGAGAUGGCACGGAGUGGGCCGAGCCUCUGCCAUUCACCCCUGGGGGAGGCAAGUCCUUUAUCAUGGGAUCUGAUGACAUGUUGGAAAGUGUCCUGGGAGAUCUCGCCGAUCUGACCGUGUCCAAUGACGAGGCUGAAUACAGCUAUGAUCUGCCAGCCAAUAAGGACGCCUUCAGGAAGACAUGGAAUCCCAAAUAUACCCUGCGAAGCCACUUCGAUGGAGUGCGGGCCCUGGCCUUCCAUCCUGUAGAACCAGUGUUGGUCACGGUCUCGGAAGACCACACCCUUAAACUCUGGAACCUUCAGAAGACCGUUCCUGCCAAAAGAAGUGCCUCUUUUGAUGUGGAGCCCAUAUAUACAUUUAGAGGGCAUACCGGACCUGUGCUCUCAUUGGCUGUGACCUCGAAUGGUGAGCAGUGUUUUAGUGGUGGAAUCGAUUCAACAAUACAGUGUUGGAACAUCCCCAGCUCAAAUGUAGACCCUUACGACACGUACGAUCCCAGCGUGUUGGCUGGUACGUUGUUGGGUCACAGUGAUGCGGUCUGGGAUUUGGCUUACAGUGGUAUCAAACACCGGCUGCUCUCCUGUUCAGCUGAUGGGACGAUCAAGUUGUGGAACCCUGAGGAGAAGUCACCGUGUCUUAACACAUUCAACUUGGAUAGAGAUCAUGGUAUGCCCACAUCCAUUAACUUCAAUGGGUGUGAUCCAGCUCAUAUGGUGGCGUCCUUCAACACAGGAGAUGCUGUCAUCUAUGAUCUGGAAACAUCUCAGCCCAUUGUGGUGUUUUCUGCACAGGGAGAAAGUGCUCUUCCCUUUGGGAAUCAUAUUAAUAAAGUAGUCACCCACCCCACCCUGCCAAUCACAGUCACUGCUCAUGAGGAUAGACACAUCAAAUUCUUUGAUAAUAAAUCAGGUAAAGUCAUCCAUGCAAUGGUGGCUCACUUGGAUGCGGUCACUAGUCUGGCUAUAGAUCCAAAUGGCAUCUACUUGAUGUCAGGAAGUCACGACAGUUCCAUCCGUCUGUGGAACCUGGACACUAAGACUUGUGUACAGGAAGUAACCGCUCACAGGAAAAAGUCAGAUGAGGCCAUAUACGACGUUGCCUUCCAUCCAUCCAAGGCGUACAUAGGAAGUGCCGGAGCCGACGCCCUGGCCAAAGUGUUUGUAUAAAAAGCCCUUAUCCGCACCUGACUCGUGGCAUAAUUUUAAGACGGAGAGAAACGGACUGCUUCACUGCCUUGUGUAACAAGAGUAGCAUUUUUCACACUACAAUGAAGUGGCUUCCACCACCACAACCUUCGCUGUCAAACUCACCACACGCACACAACGAUACCAGGUGCCAAGAGGGGACGUUCAGUUUUUGCCAGUGUGGAGUGCUCGAUCGGUUUUAAAAAACAUUAUCUGUAAUUUACUGUAAGUCGAAGCCGGACGCCAGUGUUUGUAGCCUUUUAACUGGUUUUGAUCUGAACUGAUAAUGUGUCCUGUAGGUAUGUUUCAGUGACCAUGAAGUGGUUUUCAUGUUCAUCAUUAGGUCGCCAUCGACUGUCACCUGGACCGGAGCCCCGCCUACCUCGGCGAGCCAUAAACCACACCCUAAUCUAAGUCACCUUCUUCAUCCUAAUGUAGCGAACAAUAAAACAAUACAGUUCAACUCGGAAUUCAUACCUUUAGAGUUUGUUUCAUGUUUGUGUAAAAAAAGUAUAGUUUUUAUAAUCAAUUUUAUAUAAAUAAAGACUGUCGUAAACCGCUGAAAAUCCCUUUUUUUUAAGAAAAAAAAAGAAGGGACUGAUCCCCAUCAAACCCUUCGUUUUAUCCUUCGGUUCUAUUUAAUGAAUGGUCUCGUGUCUCUGGAUGAGUGCCGCCCUAUUGCAUUACCGCUAUGUGACAUUACUUUAACCUUUUUAUCACAUAACAUGAAGACUGUACACUAGUAGAAACAUAAUGCUUGGUGCUCUUGAGAGCUUUUAGGUAUUUACAGAUAAACGGCAGCAUCACAUGAUGAUGUUUUUGUACACCUUACUGUAAUUGAGUUGAAUUGGCUUAUUUAUUAUUUUUAGUUUGUGAAUAGUCUUAUCCUUUGUUAUAUUGGUAACCAAUAGAUGGGCUGUUGCAAACCGACAAGAUCUUGUAAUUCAUAAAUAAGCAAACGUAUAGAUUAAUAUUAAUGUUUUAUUUUUAAACAAAACAGCUUCUUGGUUAUGGUUUUUAAAUUGACCUCAUGAAGCUGUUCGGCAGUACGUUAAGGGAUUUGAAAACUUAUCACACUUCGAAUAUUUGGUUUGGUUUUUCUGUCUCAACCUUUUUAAAGAAAUAAUGCAGUUUAUGGUGUAACAAAAGACCUUUUGUUUGUGUAAUGCAUGAUUAAUACAAUAAAGUAUUUUUUUCUAGUCUUCCACAAGUUCAGUUUGAAGAGUUUUGUAAGUUUUUGUUUGUUUUCUGUUUUUUUGAUUUGCUACCAAUCAACAGAUUUUAAAGAUUGUACCACAAAGCGAAACACAACUGUUGAAAAGAAAUGUAUAUAAAAUGUCUAUAAUAAAUAUUAAAUGGUGUAUCUGUAUAUGCAACAUGACCCCCUUGUCUUGACAAUUCAUGCAAUCAGUGAUAGACGUUGAAUUUUAAUAAAGAUUGUGCUUUUAUUUGGGAA